UCGCUUCUCGCCAGUGUUAUAUCUUACACCGUGGCCGAGAGGUUGACUAUCAAUAUGGCAAACGCAGGCGCUUCGCGCGUCCUACCGAGAGGCUGGGAAGUGCGACGCAGUCGAUCGACGGGCGAAGUGUAUUAUCUGAACGUGCUCACCAAGAAGAGCCAGUGGGACUUCCCAGAGGAACCUGCGCGAGCCGCAUUCCUGGGUCUACUCGAAUACGGCCAAGUGCGGUGUUCGCACAUAAUCGUCAAGCACCGUGAGUCGCGCCGUCCUCGCUCGUGGCGCAAACUGAACAUCACCCGGACGCGAGACGAGGCGCUCGCGCUCAUCAAACGCUACCGCGAGGAGAUCGUGUCCGGAAAAAAGAAGUUCGAAGAUGUGGCGAACGAGUACAGCGACUGCACCUCGGCCAAGUGGAAGGGCGACCUGGGUGCGUUCGGCCGCGGUACUACGCAUAUGGGCUUAGAGGAGGCUGCUUUCACGUUGGAAGUGGGCGAGCUCUCCGAGCCGGUGUUUACUGAGUCCGGCGUCCACCUGAUCCUGCGGACCGCCUAAGACUCUUCCUGCCCUCGGCUGCACAGUGACUUUCGACAGGUCCUCCGCCGUAGGAUGCCGAGUGUUAGUCAGGACGACUUAGCGUGACCGAGUGCGUCUGUUGACAGGUCCCCUCCGUAUAGAAGAUACAGAGGGCCAAGAACGACUUUUCGUUGUGGGGCAGACCCGAGUGCUUCACAAACAGCAGGUGCGUUGCGAGAGGACAUCGCCGUUGUUGUCAUACACUGCAACAAUACUGUUUCAUAUACAAGGUGCCCCAGCUAUCACACAGCACGAUUUACAAAAAGAGGAACGGCGUUACGCGAAGCCAAUCUAGUGCGUAUUGUUUCCAGUACAGUGGAGUAGCCGCCAGUAAUUUUUUUCGUUACUGAGAUUUAAUUACUUAUUUGUAAUUAGAUAUCUAACUCUAGAAGUACUGUUAUAAUUAUCAAAGUGUCAAUGAGAAAGUUGUAGAGCAACAUGAAAAACUCCCGAUACAGCUUUCUGCUGCUCAAUACGUGCUACAUAAAUGGUUUUUUCGGAGUGUGAAAGAAGCCCGCGAAUACACGCAGAAUUGCCGCACGAUUGGCCGCUCGAGGCACUUUGCGUGUAUUCGCGGACUUCUUUCAUGCUCGGAAAAACACUUUUAUGUAGCACGCAUUGAGCAACGGAAAACUGUAUCGAGUUUUUUAUGUUGCUCUACAACUUUCUCAUUGAUAUUUUGAUAAUUAGGACAGUACUUCUCGAGUUAGAUCAUUAAUUACAAUAAACAAUGAAAUCUCAGUAACAGAAAAAAUACUGGCGGCUACUCCACUGCACUGGAAACAAUACGCACUGGGUUUGCUUCGCGUAACACCGUUCCUCUUUUUUAAAUCCUGCUGCGUGAUAGCUGGGACACGCUGUAUAUCACAUUCAAGGUGUUGGUUGUUGAGUUCGCUCUUGGUGUUUCUUGCAGAGUUGAGUGGACUUUAGUAGAUGCUUGUUAAGUUGGGUGGUACGCAAUAAAGCAGCCAAGGGGUGCAU